AUGCAGACGCACAAAAGGCAGCACCAACAAUCUGUCUCAGUACCAGCUGAAAGCUCCCAGGCAGCAGUCGGCUGCCUGCCGCCGCCUGCACCGGGUCGCCUGCCGUUAGCGGAACGAGCAGCGGUCGCGCGGGACGGCGAUCCCCGGGGGGCUUACGCGGGCCACGCAGAGGGCGAUCCAGGGGCCGGAGGAAGGCGGCGGCGGCGGCGAGAAAGCCCGACCACUGCGGCUGCAGAGAGGCUGCAAGCGGCGGCUUGGCCAGGCGGUGCUGAACCUCAUCGAGGCAUCUGGUGCUGCUGGCAGUUUGCAAUAUUUGCCCUUGGAAUUGCUGCUUUCAUUUUCCAGCUCUACAUCUUGCUAAGACCUAGAUCAUCUCAUUACUGUGGUUUGCCCCUCCUCUACAAUCUGGUUGGAAGCAUCAUCUUCACGUUCUUCACCAUUGGGCUGGCUUUGCUUCUGGUCAUGCUGGAACCAGUUCCAUGGGAGCUGAAGACCACUUUCUUCAUCUUUGGGGGUGCCUCUUUUGCAAAAGGAGUUUGCAACAUCGUAUUUACUGCCUUAGCCACACAAUGCGCCAAAACCACCCCUGAGCUUUAUUACUUAUCAGUGACUCUCUCGGUGAGCAGUCUAGUAUCAACCGCAUUUUUCUCUGUCCUGGGACUAUUUUGGCUUGUGAACGUGGUUUUUCCUGGCUUGAUACUGAACAAAGAGACUAAGACGGGGAUCUGUUACGAGCCAGUCUCCGAGUGUGGCUGCCUGUGGCACAUCUGACCUGUAAUCUGCCAGGGGCUGGAUUCGUCUGCCCCUACCACGAUGAGCGCCCUGCUAAACUGCCUUCAGUUCUUUCCCUCUUUUCGAAACGGACUGAUCUCUGCAGCAGACACAGUGGGAAGACCUUCAGAUCUGGAGAUAUUCAUAGCCAAAGAUUUUAACUAUUCAUUAAGCAGCCUUUUGAGGUGCAGGUGGGGGAGUUGUGGCUUUCGGGAUUCUUUUUAAAGGAUAGCUCUGGGAGGCUGUUGGCUUUUAGAAUCUUUUUGUAGAAAAUUCUGCUAUUUUAAAAAUAAUAUAUUUUUUUUAAAUCCACAGAUACUUUUUUUGUGGGAAGGGAGCAAAACAGUAAGCCCUCAAAGCCUUUUCCUCCUUUUGUAUGUGUACUCCUGACUUAAUGUAGAAGCUCCUUGCAGCAGAUUAACUGGGAGAGGGUUGCUAUGGGAACGGGUAUGGAACAAGAGACAGAAGAAGGCGAUGCUCCAGAGCUCCAGUUUCAAAGUGAGGGGAGUAGCCUGUUCUCAAGUCAGCUGCUUUUAUCUUUAAGGGGACGUUUUUAGGAGGGUGCUUUUUUCUCCAACAGAAAGAUUUCAGGUAGCUUCCCUGCCCCCCCCCCGCCAGGCUGAAGGGACAGGCAGCUGUGUAGAGGCGAUCUGAAAAUUCCAGUUUGUUAAAAUAGUCAGAUUGUAUAUUCCUGGGAAGGGAGGCUCUAACUCUCCAGAUAACGGCCUGGCUUUAGGGUGUGUGAUUGUGUGUGUGGAGUUUAGCUUGCCGCACAAAUGGAUUAUUAAAUUAUAUGCCAAAAUGGCUUCUAAGCGGAUCUCUUCAUCAUGUGAGCAGACUCCACAGUACAAAGCUGGCACCAGCUAAUAAUAA